AUUUUCAAUUGUAAAAGAAAAACCGCGGCAAAGCCGCCAUAUACACACUCUCAAAUUCGCUCGCGUUUCUUCCUUCGUCUGAAACUCCAAUGGAGCAUCCUCAUAUUCACAGCGACAGUACAGAGGUAGUUGAAGAUUCCCCAAUGGAAGUAGAUCAACGCCAAGAAGAUCAACAGAAAGAAGAGGAAGAUCCUUUUCUCAAUUUCGUCGAUCAAGCUAGAUUAGAACUGUUAUCGCUUGAAGACGAUUCAAAUAGAGACGAUUCGAAUUCAACUGGAUAUGGAUGGAGUUGGAUGGUAUCUCGUAUUCUUAAGACUUGCGUUACUUAUUCAAGCGGUGUUACUCCUGCUAUAUUGCUCUCUGAACUCUCUCAGGCGUGGAGUGAGCAACGCAGGGUUGCUGUACCGAAGAAGAGACUUGAAUUGAUUAAUCAGCUCAAGAAAAAUCAUCGGAGGACAAAGCUUCCAAACACGGUUACCAUUGAUUCCAUUUACGAGAAAAAAUUCAUUGGUUUGAACAGUGUUCUAGAAGCUGUAAUUAUUGAUGCAUAUGUACUUCCAGGCACAAACAUCCACAUGCUUACAUUAGGGGAUUAUUGGAGCUCUAAUAUCAUAGAUCUCUAUCUACACCGUAGAUUCUACGACUUGGCAGGCCUGCCACAUGGAAUUCUGAAGAAAGGGAGGGAGGUUUUUCUCACUGGCUGCUACCUCCGAACUGCCACUGAAAGUUCUGGUCAUCCGCGUCUUUUGCCAACAGAAUAUCUUGCGAUUCUAUUGGAUGAGAAUCAGGAUGAUGAUGCAAUGCUGUUAGGAGCUCAGUUUUGUUCAGACUCAUUCUCUUCAAUUUCCUUGGACGCAGUAAACAAGGGGGCUUCUUAUUCACUUUAUGCCAGAAUUGAAAGCAUUGAAUCUGCGGAAAUUCAAGGGACAUUUGGGAUCUCACAAAGGAAACAGAUUACUCUUGUUGAUGGUGAUGGUGUCACAUUAAAAUUUUUCUUGUGGGGUGAGCAGAUUAUCCUUGCCAAUCUUUUCAGAGUAGGAAGCAUGCUUGCCUUGGACAAACCAUAUGUUGCAAGUUCUGUUGAGUGUGAUGUUGAAGCAAGCGAAGAAUAUUGUCUUGAAUAUGGAAGUGCAACACAAUUAUAUUUGGUGCCUUAUAUUCAACAUGAAGAACAGGUGUGCGUAGCAAUGACACCGAACCGUCAUCAAGGUUCAAGGCAAAUGGGUUCUUAUAAUCCCAGUCAGGGUCUCAGGUUCUCUCAAGUGAGCUUGCCUUGUGACUCUCAUGGUACUGUUGAUUUCAGUAAUUACCCUUUUCGGUCAUUAGUGGCCGACCUUCGUAACAAAAUGACUGGCAUCAGCCUCUAUGGUGUUGUUACAGAGGUUAACAAAGAAGAUAAUAACCAAGAGACUGUUUUUUCCUUAAGAAUCGCGGAUACUAGCGGAGAAAUCAGGGCAAAGCUUCAUUUUACCAGAUUUUGGUCAGUGGGAAGGGUGAGUCUCGGUCACACGGUAUUUAUAUCUGGCUUGACAUGCACCGCGUCAAAACGUCAAAAGCGUCUGGAAGUAUCAUGGUUUGAGAAUGGUUGCGGGGCUUCUUUCAUCAAUCUCAGUUGCUUACCAGCAUUGCUCAACUCAUCUUGCCUUCAUAAACUAUCGCAACUUAGUGAUAUUUCUCACCAGACUAGCUACGCUCAAGUAUGCCGAGUCUGGCUUGUUCCGAAUGAAUAUUAUUACGUGAAUACAAGAUUUUCACAUUCUCUCUGUGGCCACUUUGUCGACAAGAAGCCCGGUGGUUUUGUGGAAUGCAUUUUCUGUCAUAAAAUUUCUGAUGCAGAGGUUGUACGCACUUUCCAUUUGAAAAUUACCCUUGCAGAUAAGAGUACAAAAGUUUUAGCAUGGUGUACUGGUCAAACUGCAAUGGAUUUGUUGCAGAUAUCUCCUGAGGAGUUUUAUGACCUUCCCGAGGAAGAACAAUUGAUGUAUCCUUCGUCGUUAGAAAAUGAAAAGUUUAUGGUUGCAUUAGUAAAUUGUAAGCGGGAAGGUUGUGUGGCAUAUGACCUCUUACCAGAUGAUUCAAUUUCGUGGGAAAUCACCCGUGCAUACAAGUGUGAAUAAAUUAAUCGUAGCUGCACAUGGAACGGUGCCCUUCAAUUGUUGUAUAAAAUAAGGGAUACCGAAACCGCAACGUACUAACUUUGAAAUUGCGUUGAAGUAUUUUAAUUGGCGAUUCUUGAAUACUCGUCCAUUUUGAGACUAAGUCCAACAUCAUAACAUUAAGAAACACCACAUAGAUGAGAUCGUGUCCCAAGAGGAAAUGACUCGUAAACCAGCCAGUGAGGACAACCGAGUUGUCUUUUUAUUUAUGCAGCCUAGUUGUCUUUCUCACAAUGUAAUGAAACGUAUUUAUUGAAAGAAAAGGCGUAUUGAUGAUUAGCCUUUAUUUGUUUGAGGAAAAAUUGAGUAAAAAUAGAACGAUCUUAAUGUAAAGAUGUAUCAAAGUUCAAAGGCUCAAAAAUACGGUUUCAUCGUAUCAUCAUAUCAUCA